AUGGACAAAAGCAAGAACGUCCAGACGGAGCUCACUGAGGAGGAAUUGCGAAGAAAGAUCGAGCGAGUCACUCAAGAGAUUCAGAGGGUUAAGGAGGAAGGACUCAAAGUAGACGCGACCACGGCGAUCUACAAAGCUGCGGUCACAACCUUGGAUGAAGAUCUGGCGUCACAGAUAAAGAGAAAGAAGGAGGUUGAGAUGGAAACCGUAAGCCUAAGGAAAAGGUUGAACUUGCUUCGUUUGGAGAUACACGAAGGAAAGGCGAGAGAGGCGAAGAUAGAUAUCGAGACUGCUGUGUUGUUGGGCAGAAACGCGGCGCUCGACGAGGAAUUGGCGACCCAUAGCGACCCAAAGGGCGGAAAAUACCUCGCCCAUGAUCUGGGAGCAGAUAACAGUGGCCCCGACCGUGAAGUGACUGAGGAGGAUGAUGAAGAAGAAAUCGUCUACAAGCCUCCAUUUUCGACUCUGGCAGAUCAGCCUUACUUCACCAGAUCGAAAGGUCCUACAGAUUCCUUCCCUCGAUCAAAUUCAGACAAAGGAAAAACAGUUAUGGGAGACAACAAUGACGAAGGGCGUCUUACUGACGUUGUGGUGGCUCAGCCCACUGUAGUGGAACAGAACGAAUUGAUCAUGCAGCUGAUGCAACAGAUUGCUGAAAUGAAAGUUGAAAUGCAACGGAGACAGGAUGCGCCUCCACCUGGAUUUGGUACUAAUACUGCUGAUGCAAGACCUCCGGUCUACUUCCCUUCAUCAAACAUAGAUCCAACUCAGAACCAGCCUUCUACACCUGUGCAUAAUCCGUCUGUGAUUGACCUCACAACCCAAAACCCUCCAUAUGCUUCUGCAUCUUACCAAACUCCUUCACCUCUUCCAAAUAACCACCCUCAAAUACCACCCCAUCCUCAGAAUACUCAAACUGCCCCACCGCCACAAAAUCAAAACCAAACUCAAACUGCCUUCAAUACCCAAGCAUUUCAUCCGCAUUUGAGUCAGAACACCAAUCCUCAGGCCUACCCACAAAACUACCAGACCGCCCAAAACGUUCCAAGUCCCUCUAUAGCUCCACCCCUACCAAAAAGAGCCACCUUCCAAGUUCCCGUUCCUGCCGAGCACGAGGUGCACGGUUCUGAGUUGGAUCACUAUGAAGAACAGGAAAGAGAAUGGAAGGCGAAAGAAGAAGUGAAGAUCGAUAUAAAGGAAGAAAUCAAAAGGGCUAUGAAAGAGCUGCAGUGCAUCCCAGACGCCGUCGGACUUAGCUACGCAGAAUUGUGCAUCCAUCCAGAUUUGAACCUUCCCGAAGGUUUUAAAAUUCCGAAGUUUGACACCUUCGGAGGAGUGGGCAAUCCUAUGGCGCAUUUGAGAGCGUAUUGUGACCAGCUCGUGGGAGUUGGCAGGGAUGAGGCGUUGUUGAUGCGGCUUUUCAGCCGAAGUCUGUGUGGAGAGGCCCUCGAGUGGUUUACUUCACAUGAAACCAGGCAGUGGCCCAGUUGGAAUGCAUUGGCUAAGGACUUCAUUGACCGAUUCGCCUACAAUGUUGAAAUAGUGCCCGAUCGGUAUUCUCUAGAGAAGAUGAAGCAGAAACCAACUGAAAGCUAUAGGGAAUUUGCCUAUAGGUGGAGGAAAGAAGCGGCGAGGGUAAGGCCACCCAUGACCGAGAAAGAGAUUGUGGAAGUGUUCGUGCGGGUACAGGAGCCUGAGUACUAUGAUCGAAUCAUGUUGCUGGUCGGAGCUAAAUUCGCUGAGAUAGUCAAAGUUGGUGAGACUAUCGAAGAUGGUCUAAAAUCGGGGAAGAUAGCCCGUGUAUCUGCGUCGCCUGGGUCUUCAGGAUUGAUAAGAAAGAGAAGAGAGGAAGUUGCCGCUGUCUCGUAUGGGGGAAGAAAAACCCCUAGAAACCCGUCACAUUCCCAAGAUCGUUUCAGGCCUUCCCCAAAGUCCCACCGAUCCAACUACCCACAACCCGAUCAUCCUAAUAGCCACAAUACUGUCCCCACCUAUCAGAAUGCUCAAAUUUUGUCGUACCAAGGUACACCCUCUAAUCUCCAAAAUUUUUCUCCCAUAUUCCCAAAUUACCCUCAACCAUACCAGAUCCCAUCCCCUUAUCAGAACAUUGCUCCCAACUGUGCCAACGUACAGUCGAGCUACCGACCACCUCCGCCCACUUAUCAAGUCCGAGCUCCAUUAUAUCAGGACCCCCUCCCGAAUUACCAAGCUCCAAUGCCAAAUUUCCGGGCAAACCCUUAUCCCCGGAGCCAAGCUCCUCGUACAAAUACCCAAAAUUAUCAGCGGGUGCCUCCCCCUCGGCAAAGUGGUUAUGAUACUUCCCAUCCGAGAUUUGAAAAAAGGCCUUCAAGGAACUUUACCACACUUGCUGAAAGCCGGACCAAACUAUUUGAGAGGCUAGCCGCAGAUGGAUACAUCCACCCUGUGGGGCCCAAACCCGGGGAUGUUAACUCGAAGUUCUACAGGCCAGAUCAAAGGUGUGCUUAUCAUUCCAACAGUGUUGGACAUGACACGGAAGAUUGCAUCAACCUCAAGCACAAAAUCCAAGACCUGAUCGAUCAGGAGGUAGUUUCUCUGCAACCGGCGGUGCCAAACGUCAACACAAAUCCGUUGCCGAAUCAUGGAGGUGACAACCUUAAUAUGAUUGAAACGGAUGAAGACGGGUGUGGAACAAAGAUGAUUACCCCUAUUGUGCAUGAGGACUUGGAAAGGGCUGUCGCUUCUUUAAGCGUCAAAGAAAGGAGGAAGUUUGUUAUUCUGACACCUGCAAAGGCUGUUGCCUUGGCGCCUUCGAAAACUCUCGUUAAGCCCAAAUUUGUCAUUGAAACCGCCGUGGCCCAAGGCAUGACCAGGUCCGGAAGGUGCUACACUCCUGAUGAGCUUGCUCUCGGAGGACAGAAGAAGGACCAUGCUAAGAGGCCGAUAAGCGAGGGGGAAGCAGAGGAAUUCUGGAGAAGGAUGCAACCUAAGGACUAUUCCAUCGUCAAACAUUUAGAGAAGACUCCGGCUCAGAUCUCCGUGUGGGCCCUGCUGAUGAGCUCUCAGUCCCACAGGCAGGCCUUAAUGAAAGCUCUUGAUGAUACAUACGUACCCUCAGGUACAAGUAGUGAUAACGUGGCCGCUAUGAUUCAUCAAGUCAUUCGGGGGCACCGGAUCAGCUUUUGUGACGAUGAGUUGCCAGUCGAAGGAAGAUCCCACAACAAAGCGCUACACAUUACCGUGAUAUGUCGUGGAAAGGUUGUCAACUGUGUUUUGGUAGAUGAUGGGUCCGGUUUGAAUAUUUGCCCAUUGACGACGUUGAGGCAACUAAAUUUUGACCUUGGGAAGCUGGAGCAGAAUCAGGUCAAUGUAAGGGCAUUUGAUGGUGUGCAAAGAGACACCUUAGGGGCUGUGACUUUGACCCUUCAAAUGGGCCCCGCAGAGUUCAGUGCGCAAUUCCAAGUAUUGGACAUAGACACUAGCUACAACCUUCUUUUGGGAAGGCCGUUUAUCCACAUGGCUGGAGCCGUCCCCUCUACUCUCCAUCAGAUGAUGAAACUUGUGUGGAAAAAUGAAGAGUUAGUGAUUCACGGCGAGGGAAGUCGCUCGGGCAAGCAGGUGUCGGUCAUUGAUGAGAUGCCGCAAGGCGCAGACUUUUACACGGUGGAGCUGGUGAAUGCCACCAACGAAGAUUUGGCCCUCAACUCCAUGCCAACCGUGUACAAAAUGAUAGCCACGGUGAUGCUGCAAAAUGGGUUCGAGCCAGGUUUCGGAUUGGGAAGAGAUUCCCAAGGAAUUAUUGAGCCUGUUCCGGUCCUUGCUCAGGGAUCAAAGUAUGUUCGGGAGCACGCCGAGCCUGAAGACGACGGGGAAGGAAUCUGUGACCUGUUCAAGGAGAUCAAUGCCGUCAUAGAGGAGGAGGCUGAGCCAGCUGGCUUUCGCGAUGCUGAACCGGGGGAAAUGCUGAAGAAUUGGACGUCCACACCAAUCUUGAUGUCCCGGACUUUUGGUAACGUAAGUUACAAACCUGCCAACGUCAUGUCAUGUCAUGAGCUAAACGAACAAAAUAAGGCAAAUGAUGACGACGCUGACGACUACGACGAAGAAAGUGGGGAACCAGACUAUGUAGCAAAAGAGUUUCAACAAUUCGAGAAUCAACAUAAACCAAAUCUGGAGGAAACAGAGACGUUAAAUUUGGGAGAUUCAGAAUGUGUCAAAGAGGUUAAGAUCAGCACUCACCUGAAUGAAACUCAGAAGGAGAGCCUGAUUCAUUUUCUUGCCGAAUACCGCGAUGUGUUUGUUUGGGAGGUCAGUGACAUGCAGGGGCUGAGUACCGAUGUCGUAUCUCAUAAGCUGCCUAUCAACCCAGGGUUCGAGCCAGUGAAGCAAAAGACUCGGAAAUUCAAGCCUGAGUUGAGUUUGAAGAUUAAGGAGGAAAUCACCAAGCAGAUAGAGUCCCGGUUGGUAGAAGUAACGCAAUAUCCCACCUGGUUGGCGAAUGUCGUUCCGGUCGCCAAGAAAGAUGGAAAAAUCAGGAUUUGCGUUGAUUACAGAGAUCUCAACAAGGCUAGUCCAAAGGAUAAUUUUCCGUUGCCAAAUAUCCAUAUUCUGAUUGAUAACUGUGCCAAACAUGAGAUGCAGUCAUUUGUGGAUUGUUACGCGGGUUAUCACCAGAUUCUGAUGGAUGAAGAAGACGCGGAGAAAACGGCCUUCAUCACACCUUGGGGGGUAUAUCACUACAGGGUGAUGCCGUUUGGGCUCAAAAACGCCGGUGCCACUUACAUGAGAGCCAUGACGACUAUCUUCCACGACAUGAUUCACAAGGAAAUUGAAGUGUACGUGGACGACGUCAUAAUUAAAUCCCGCGAGAGUUCGGAUCAUUUGACACACCUGCGAAAAUUCUUUGAACGUUUGCGUAGGUACAACUUGAAGCUAAAUCCCGCCAAGUGUGCUUUUGGAGUCCCAGCUGGGAAAUUGUUAGGGUUUAUAGUCAGUAGAAGAGGUAUUGAGCUCGACCCUUCCAAGAUCAAAGCAAUUCAGGAGUUACCUCCGCCGAAGACGAGAAAAGAGGUGAUGAGCUUCUUAGGGAGGCUAAACUAUAUCAGUCGGUUUAUAGCACAAUCGACGGUGGUAUGUGAGCCUAUCUUCAAGUUGCUGAAGAAAGAUGCCCCAACUAAGUGGACUGAGGAGUGCCAGACCGCUUUCGACGCUAUCAAGAGCUACUUGUCUAACCCACCGGUAUUGGUUCCUCCGCGGGAAGGGAGUCCUUUGUUGCUAUAUUUGUCUGUCUCGGAUAACGCCUUUGGAUGUGUACUUGGUCAACACGACGAGACAGGGAAGAAGGAAAAGGCUAUCUACUACAUCAGCAAGAAGUUUACUCCGUACGAGUCUCGUUACACUUUGCUGGAAAGAACAUGCUGUGCUCUGACAUGGCUUGCCCAGAAGCUGAGGCACUACCUGUCGUCGUAUACUACAUAUCUUAUCUCCAGGAUGGAUCCGUUAAAGUAUAUUUUCCAGAAAGCGAUGCCGACCGGGAAGCUGGCUAAAUGGCAAAUGCUGUUGAGUGAGUUUGACAUCGUAUACGUGACUCAGAAGGCAAUAAAAGCACAAGCUUUGGCUGAUCAUCUUGCGGAAAAUCCAGUUGAUGAAGAGUAUGAACCUCUCAAGACAUAUUUUCACGAUGAAGAAGUGUCAUUUGUGGGUGAAGAUAUCUCUGAAGUUUAUCCAGGUUGGAGAUUAUUCUUCGAUGGAGCGGUGAAUCACCAGGGUAAAGGUGUUGGAGCAGUCUUGGUAUCAGAAUCUGGUCAGCACUAUCCUAUGGCGGCUAAGCUACGGUUCAACUGCACAAACAACAUGGCUGAGUAUGAAGCUUGCAUUCUCGGUUUGAAAAUGGCCGUUGACAUGAAUGUUUACGAGUUACUGGUUAUUGGAGAUUCAGACCUCUUGAUCCAUCAAGUUCAAGGAGAAUGGGCUGUGAAGAACCCAAAGAUUGUACCUUAUGUACAAUAUGUGCAAAACCUGUGUAAAAGGUUUCGCAAGAUCGAGUUUAGACAUACUCCCCGAAUACAGAAUGAAUUAGCUGAUGCUCUUGCCACCAUCGCUUCAAUGAUCAAACAUCCGGAUAUUGAUUACAUCGACCCGCUGGAUAUAGAUUUGAAGGAGCAUCCAGUCCAUUGUUCACACGUGGAAUCAGAACCAGAUGGUUUGCCUUGGUAUUUCGACAUAAAGAGGUACUUGGAGUCUGGGACAUAUCCAGAAGACGCCACAUCUAAUCAAAAGAAGUCGAUACGUCGUAUGGCUCUCAAUUUCUUUUUGAAUGGAGAAGUCCUUUACAGGAGGACUCCAGAUUUGGGUCUUUUAAGAUGCGUGGAUGCUGCUGAAGCCGUGAGGCUUAUUGAACAGAUACAUGCUGGAGUCUGCGGCACACAUAUGAACGGGCUUACCUUGGCAAGAAAAGUCCUUCGAGCCGGUUAUUUCUGGAUGACUAUGGAGCAUGACUGUUGCAAAUUCGUGCAAAAAUGCCACAAAUGUCAAGUGCACGGUGAUCUGAUAAGGGUGCCACCUCACGAACUCAAUGCUAUGAGCUCACCUUGGCCAUUUGUAGCCUGGGGAAUGGAUGUCAUCGGCCCUAUAGAACCGGCCGCUUCCAAUGGACACAGAUUUAUUUUGGUUGCCAUCGAUUAUUUCACCAAAUGGGUGGAAGCAGCCUCUUACAAAUCGGUAACCAAGAAAGUGGUGGCCGACUUUGUCCGCAACAAUCUGAUCUGCCGAUUUGGAGUUCCAGAAUCCAUCAUCACUGAUAACGGUGCAAAUCUCAACAGUCAUCUGAUGAAAGAGAUAUGUGAACAAUUUAAGAUUAUUCACCGAAGGUCAACUGCUUAUCGCCCUCAAAUGAACGGAGCUGUAGAGGCCGCCAACAAGAACAUCAAGAAGAUUCUGAGGAAAAUGAUUGACAAGCAGCGGGGUUGGCAUGAAAUGUUGCCAUAUGCUCUACUGGGUUAUCGAACGACGGUCAGAACAUCAACUGGGGCUACUCCAUACUUGCUAGUAUACGGAACAGAAGCAGUCGUACCUGUUGAAGUCGAGAUACCGUCACUGAGGAUCAUCCAAGAAGCUGAGCUAAGUAAUGCUGAGUGGGUUAGCAAACGGAUUGAUCAACUAGCCUUGAUUGAUGAAAAGAGGAUGGUUGCUGUUUGUCAUGGCCAGUUGUAUAGACAAAGAAUGACUCGCGCUUUUCACAAAAGAGUAAGAGCCAGAAAUUUUGAAGCUGGUCAGUUGGUUCUUAAGCGUAUUUUUCCUCAUCAAGACGAGUACAAAGGAAAGUUCGCACCAAACUGGCAAGGUCCUUACAUGGUCCGCAAAGUACUAUCUGGAGGUGCUUUAGUCUUGUCAGAGAUGGAUGGCGCUGUGUGGCCCAAACCUAUCAACUCAGAUGCUGUCAAGAGAUAUUACGCGUGAAGUUCGUUUUGCAUUUCCCAUCAUUUACUUGUAAUCUUCUGUUUGCUUGUAUUUGUUCGAAUUUGAAUUCUUAUCCCUCUUGUAACGAACUACGUCUGACCUGAAUUCUCGAGAACGAGAUACGUAGGCGGCCUAUGUCGGCUUCGGUCACCCCAUUUAUUCCCCUUGAUUAUUCCUUGUGUUGGAACUACGUUUGUCCUGAUUCCUGCCUCAACGGGAUACGUAGGCGCCACAACGGCUCGGUCAUAUACCCAGAAGAUUUCCAUUUCUCUCCAUAAUGGAAACUGGGACAGAAUUUUUGAGAGGAUCUCAAAAAUUCAUUUGAAGUUGGACUUCUUUAACAAGUCAAAACAGAAGACCAAAUUCUACGACCUGAACUACGUUCGACCUGAAUUCUCAAGAAUGAGAUACGUAGGCGGCCUUUGUCGGCUUCGGUCGGUUUCUUUGUAAAUUUUAUUCUUGUUAACCUUUAAGGGGAACUACGUUUGACCUGAUUCCUGCCUCAACGGGAUACGUAGGCGCCACAAGGGCUCGGUCAUAUCUCUCGUAAGAUUUCUAUUUCCCCCUUCUACAAUAGAAACUGGGAUAGAAUUUUUGAGAGGGACUCAAAAAUUUUCCAAAAGGAACCUUCUCCUCAGCGGAUCAAACUAAAGACAUUUCGAGUUUGCGACUGGGACAGAAUUUUUGAGAAGAUCUCAAAAAUUCCGAGAUUUGUUCGGUUACAAUGAAAAGAUGAGCAAGAUACUAAACUGGGACAGAAAUUUUGAGGAUGGCCUCAAAAUUUUGUCAUGGGACUUCCCCACAAGUACGGAAUGCCUUUGAAAUUCAUUCGACAAGCGUCGGACUCAAAGAAGCUCGUUAAGCCUGACAUGACAUGACUUGGCAUUGACUUUUUCGAGAUACUAUUUCUUAAAAAAAAUUUCUUGCUUCUCUUAAAAAUUUCCCUUUUAUAUUUCAUCUGUUUUGGCAUAAGAUAUUUUCUUAUCUAUCAAGAGUCGGGAAAUCGGGAAAUCAACCGAGGACGUCAAGACAGGGAGCAAACAAUCGAAGGGAUCGACACAGAUCAGUAUGUUUAAAACUGACAAUUUUUCUGUGGAUGCAGGUUUAUAGCUUCACUUCGAAAUCGGCCGAAUUCUUCCGACUGAUGAAUACGGAGAAGGAGAAAACUAUCUCCAAAGCCGGUGAUUUUAUUGAAAGCAAGAAGCAUUUCAUAUCUUUAUGCCAAGAUGCUUGUGAAUGUGUUUGUUUAUUUCAAGCCAUUCCCCAAUACAUGAAAUUUACAAAGUGCCUGACCAGAUUCAAAGGUGGAUCAAAAAGGAAUCUUAGCGAAGAUUUCACGAUUUCUAUAGAAGACGCUAUUUGCAUUGCGUUAUCAAAGCAAGAUGAUUAUUGUCGAUCAAGACAAUGCAUUACCUCAGAAGAGACAGUUAUGCAAUUAUUAUUUUUAUCAUUAUCGAUCAAGUUGAUAUAUUAUUUGGAGGUCGUCUUGCCGUUACUAUUCACGGGGGCAAUAUAAAUAAUUAUGCAUGACGAGAAGAUUUCAUGCCGCGUCGAAA